AAAUUCUUUGUCCGUGUUCUACCACGGUAUCCGCUAGCAAGAGCGGCAAGAUAGAAGAAUUCCUCAAGAAAUUCAAGGAUUUUGAAGCUGCACAGGCUAGAGAGCCAGCUCCUGAAGGAAAAGAUUCUGCUAGCUCUUUAAACACGGGAAUCUUUCCUCAACCUGAAAAGCUUUUCUUCCAUAUACAUCAAGAUGAUGUUCAAGCAUCUGAAGUGUUUGACUCAUUGUUGCUAUUCUUAAAUAGAAAAGAGUAUCAGAGGAACUUCAAAAACCUCUAUGACUUUUCUUAUUCCUUUAUCACUAACAUGUUUUAUGGUUACUCAGAGGAAGGAGAACUGGUUAAUUAUUUGAGAUUAGCAAGGGAAGCAGCAAAAAAAGCAAGCAUGUUCUGGGCUCUAGCAAGGCUAUGUUUUCUCUUAGGUAGAUUGAGUGUUAAAAAGCUUAAGUUUUCCCAAGCUCGAGUUUAUUUUGAGGAAGCCUUGGGAGCCGUAACUGGAGGAUUUAGUGAUAUGUAUCUGAUAAUUGCUCUUUAUACAAACCUAACGGGUAUCUAUUUGACACAAAAGAACAAAGAAAAGUGUGUUCACAUUUUUGACAAGGCUGUGUCCCUCCUUGUGGGAAUCCCUAAUUACAUUGGCAGUGCUGACCUUGAGUCAGAUAUUCUAAAGCAUGCUCUAAAGAGGGCAAUAUUGAGCCAGAGUGAGCAUGCAGAGGCAAGGGUAUGCUUUCUAUUGGCAAAACACUACACUGAACGCAAACAGUAUGAUGAGGUGCUGCCCUUCUUGGAAAGAUUGCAACUGUUGCUUAAUGACUUGAGUUUUCAAAACAGCUUGGCAAACAACUGCUACUUCAAACUAGCAGAGUCCUACAAUGAAAAAUGCUUACCACACAUUGUGUUAAGUUGCAUAAGGGUUGCCUCUUCCCAGAAUUUAGGUACCUUAAUGGAUUCCUUGAAAAGAAUUGAUUUGGUCAUCAAAAAUGCUCCCAAGCUCUAUGGCCUUAGGAAACUCAAGCAGACGCUCCCAUCCCAAAUUGCACCUUAUCUCACAAAAGCACUCUCCUCUUCGUUUACUAAUGACCACCAAGGACUACGCAGCUCUAUCUACCUUGGCCUAGCAGAACUGCACAGCCACUACAAGCGCUAUGGAAAAGCCAUCGCUUACAUGAUGAAAGUGCUGGACUCGGAUAUUUCUGCUAAGCCAGAGGAAACUGUUAACCAUUUGGUUUCACUUGCUUGGCUAUACAUUCUUCACAGGCAAUAUGAUGUGGCAUUAGCCAUUUUAAAUGCCAUUGGAGACUCUUCACAGAGCAAUCCUCAGCAACGAGGCAUCGUUUAUAAUAUGCUUGCCAUUGCUUUAAAAAGAAGAAACAAUACCAAAGGAGCUGCCGAGAGCUACUACAAAGCCCUGCGUCUUUCAGAAGAGACCAAUAGGACUCAUAACCAAGCUAUAGCCCUGGCUAAUUUGGGGGCCCUCUGCCUGCACGCAGCAGCCAGCAAGCUGGCAGAACACUAUUAUAUCAGGGCAGUGAAGCUGUUCUCCACGCUUCCAGUUAUGGACUGUGGCGGAGACUUUAUUCAAGUCCUCCUUCAGCUGGGAUGUUACUACGUUAGUGGAUCUCAGAGAGAAAAAGGAAGAUUUUAUUAUGAGUGGGCAUUUUUAGUUGCAAUGGAGACAAGUCAUCUGGAAAGUCAACUUCAAGCUAUUAAGCUGCUCUGUCAAUUCUACAGUACAGUUAUUCCUAAUGAGGCUCAGUGUGUCAUCUACAAUGAAUAUCAACUAUCUCUAGCAAGAAAGAUGUCCAACAAAGUUUUGGAGGGACAAAUUUUGGAAACCAUUAGUCAGCUCUAUCUGUCUCUAGGAACAGAAAGGGCUUACAGGUCAGCUCUGGAAUAUACCAAAAGAAGUCUUGGAAUAUUUAUAGAUCUUCAGAAAAAAGAGAAAGAGGCAUAUGCUUGGCUGCGGGCAGGAAAAAUCUAUUACAUUCUUAGACAGAAUGAGCUUGUGGAUCUUUAUAUUCAGGUUGCUCAGGAUGCUGCUCUUUACACAGGAGAUCCAAAUUUAGGAAUGGAACUGUUUGAAGCUGCUGGAGACAUAUUUUUCAAUGGUACUUGGGAAAAGGAGAAAGCAGUGACUUUCUACAGGGACAGAGCCAUUCCACUUGCUCUUGAGACGGGUAAUAAAAAUGCUGAACUCCGAUUAUACAACAAGCUGUCAGAACUGCUGAUGAACUUGAAGGCUUAUGAGGAAAGUCUGGAAUAUGCAAGAUUAUCCCUUAUGCUCAGUGUGAAUUUAGGAAAUCAGCUAAAUGAACGAGUAGCCUACCAUCGCCUAGCUGCCAUCCAUCACCAUCUGGGUCACUGUGAGCUUGCUGAACACUUCUACUUGAAAGCCUUGUCCCUCUGUUCCUCUCCUUUGGAGUUUGAGGAAGAAACAUUGUAUUAUGUCAAGGUGUACUUGAUCUUGGGAGACAUCAUAUUCUAUGACCUAAAGGAUCCUUUUGAUGCAGCAGGUUAUUACCAUUUGGCACUUGCUGCCGCCAUGGACUUGGGCAAUAAAAAAGCUCAGCUGAAGAUUUACACAAGACUUGCAGUCAUCUACCAUAACUUUCUUGUAGAUCGGGAAAUGUCUCUCUUCUUCUAUCAGAAGGCAAGAACUUUUGCAACAGAGCUGAAUGUUAGGAGAAUAAACCUAGCCCCUGAUAGGGGUUAUAAGAAUUCAAGAGCAUCUUUGAAAAAUGCAUCCUAA